CAUCUAUCGUAUCUUAUCUCCCAUGAUUCUGUCUGUUGUCUGUAGUCCGCGCAGCGAUACAGUAAUGAAAAAAUCUUUCUUUUUCACAGAAACUAACUCAACCCUAAGAAGAUGAAGACUUUCUCCUCAGUUCAACUACCCCACCAUUUUUAUUCUGCAAGAUUCUUCUCUUGCACAACCACGAGGACUCAACUUUCUUUUCCUGCAAAGGUCUUCAUUUGCCAGGCAAAAUCAGGCAUAGAUGGGUCAUUGAAUUUAAAAGUGGUGUCUCCCACACUGUUAGUAGCAGAAAAGGAAGAAGCCAAGGCUGUAUUGGCCUUGUUCUUGAAGAAACAAGGUUUGAGCAAUGCGGUUGCUGCUAGAACCAUCAACAAGUCAGAUCUUUUCAUUGAUCACCUUGUCUCAAAGCUUCAUUCCAAACACAGAUCUUGGUAUCUUGCAGGAAGAGAGCUUACAACUUUGGAGAUCAGGGAUGCUCUUAUCCCUUAUCUUGAAUCCCUGUUUGAAGAGCAUGGUGACAUUCUAGUGGAUGUAGUGGAAAACUAUCCAAAUCCACCUGUUAAGGACAAAUCAGCAGUGCCAGUUUCUCCUUCUAGUCCUGUGUUAGACUCUAAGAAGCUUAAAGCUGUGUCACUAGUGAGUGAGACAGACCAAGAUGGUGGCAAUCUGCGCCCUCAUAUUGUCUAUCUCAUGGAACUUGGUAUGGAUAUUGAUCAGAUUCGAAGUAUCACACACCGAUUCCCGGCUUUUGCCUACUAUAGCUUGGAGGGUAAAGUUAAGCCUGUGGUUGAGUUUUUUCUUGAACUUGGGGUGCCAAAAGAGCACAUUCCAUCUAUUCUCAGUAAAAGGCCUCAAUUAUGUGGUUUCAGUUUAUCUGAAAAUCUUAAACCCACCAUGAAGUUCUUAGAGUCAUUGGGUAUUGACAAGAAGCAAUGGCCAAAGGUGAUCUAUCGCUUCCCGGCCUUGAUAACUUAUAGCAGGCAGAAAGUGAUGGAAAGCAUAGAUUUCCUUCUUGAAUUGGGCCUAUCUGAAGAGAAUAUAGGUAAGAUUUUAACUCGUUGCCCGCAUAUCGUUAGUUAUAGUGUAGAGGACAAUCUCCGACCGACGGCGAAGUACUUCCGUUCUUUAGGGGCUGAUGUUGGCAUUCUUCUAUUCAGAUGCCCACAGAAUUUUGGUCUUAGCAUUGAGGCCAACCUGAAACCUAUAACAGCAUUUUUCUUGGAGAGGGGAUACACUUUGGAAGAAAUUGGGACCAUGAUUUCAAGAUAUGGAGCCUUGUAUACUUUUAGCUUGACUGAAAAUUUGAUUCCAAAAUGGGAUUUCUUUUUGACCACUGGAUACCCAAACUCUGAGCUGGUUAAGUUUCCUCAGUAUUUUGGAUACAGCUUAGAGAAAAGGAUUAAGCCUAGAUUUGCAAUCAUGAAGAAAUCUGGGGUAAGGUUACUGCUGAACCAGGUUCUUUCUCUGUCAAGCAACAACUUUGACAAGGCCUUGAAAAAGAAAAUGAAAAAAAUGCAAGAUGGUUAGGAUUUUAGUUACAACAGCAAAGUUGCUCAAUCCAUCAGGUAAAGAAAAUUGAGACUUUAAGGUAAUGUUACAUGCUAGAAGCUGCUGAACUUCACGAUUCUUUUUGUUUUUGGAGGGAUCAAUGAAGUCAAAAGUUGCAGUUAUACUGGAACAUUAUUAGUCAAUAGCUAGGUCCUGAAACCAUACUCUGAUAACAUCAUGUUUGAAACCGUUCUUGCAGUUAUUGUUAGAUGUCCCAUGAAACUAGUACUGUCAACAAGAUGAGAAAUGCUUCUGCAAAACCACUGUCAGAUAAAUUCAGUUGCAGUUUUGGCGCUGCAGCAAUCAAGUGGUGCAAAUGUUGCUCUGUUUUACGUUGUGUUACGGUGGAUUUUUCAUUAGAGUUUGGUUUAUAGCAGAUCAUUUGCAUGAAUAGCCUUUUAAAUUGGUUAAAUUAUUGUAAUUAUAUCGAUUUACAAUACCCCUAUGGAUUGGUCUCAUAGCAAAUUAAUGAAUAAUUUUCUCAUUUGUUCGAAGUUA